AUGCAAGUCCAACCGUUCGAUGAGAAAGAGAUUAAACAUUCUUUUCUUGAAACAAGUACGUUUGACGUCAUGUUUCCCCGCCAUAGAGAGAAGUACAUUCGUGAAGUUGAAGAGUAUAUUAAGAAAGCCCUUCAUCGGAAGAAGCUAGAAGUGAGUAUUGACUACCAAGAACUAGUCUUAUCAGUAGCAACGACUAAUUUAACAAGAGAUCCGUAUGUUAUAUUUCAAGGCCGAGAUUUACUUAAACUUGUUGCUCGAGGUGUACCUUUAGAUAAGGCUAUUAAAGUUUUUGAAGAUGGUAUAACUUGUGAUAUUAUCUCACUUAACUAUCAAGUCCGUAACAAAGCUACUUUUGUCAAACGUCGUGAAAGACUGAUCGGUCCGCAUGGUAAUACAAUUAAAUCACUUGAGCUACUAACUGGAUGUGCACUCUUUCCCUAUGGUAAUACUUUAGCGGCAAUUGGUGAGCAUCAGUCCCUUAAAGAAGUCCGUCGGGUCGCUUUAAAGUGUAUGGAGAAUGUGCAUCCUAUCUAUGAAAUUAAGCGGUUGAUGGUGAAAAGAGAGCUGGCUAAGGACCCUCUGCUUAAGAAUGAGAACUGGGAGAGGUACCUCCCACAGUACAAAAAGACACACUCUAAGAAACGUAAGUCUGCCACAAACUCCGAGCAGUCCAAGUCUAAAUCCAAGUCUAAGUCCAGCACAGACUCUCUCCUUCCCGAACCAGAGCGCAAGAAGAAGGACAUCCAACUAGAAACAGGCGAGUACUUCACCAAGAAGAAAUAA